UCCGUGGGCGAGACAAUCAAGCUGCCGCCCAUUCAACCUCCCAACCGCCGAGCGAGCGAGGACCAUGACUCCUUCCAGCUCCCUCCCAUCUCCGCCAUGGACAAGUUGCGCGAGACGCAAUGCGAUGAACCUAUGGCGGUCCUUCGCCGACUCCAGUACACCGACGACAGUGGCGUGGACGAU